AUGGAAGAUGAAAUCGUCCAUGAUCACAUAAUCUUGGGUGUCAAGUCAGCUAAAGUUCGAGAAAAACUUAUUAAUGAAGGUUCUGAACUGACACUACAGAAGUCAAUGGAUAUAGCCAGGACACACGAAAUAUCACAGAAACAGCUGAAAAGUAUGUUUAGUCAAGAGGACCCCAAGGUCCACAUCGUUAAACAAACAACGAAUAAGAAGAGCAGAAAUACACAAAGUACGAGACAGAGACAUGAAAAAACUGAAGUGAAAUGUAACAAGUGUGGGUAUGAACACAAAUUCAAAGGAGCAACAUGUCCUGCAUAUGGUAAGAAGUGUAAUCUGUGCAAAAAGAUGAAUCAUUUUGCGAGCCAAUGUCGUAGUGAGAAACCAAAGUACAACAAAAAGAACAGUAAAAUGUUAGUACAGGUGGUGGAGAAUUACCUCACAGAUGACAGUACAAGUGAUGCUAGAGAGACAGAUUUGUAUGUAGGAAUGGAAAAUGACUUGCCAGUAAACAGACUCAAUGAUGAUUGGACAGUGUGUUGUAUAGUGAACAACAAAACAUUAAGAACACAAGUAGACACAGGGGCCAGGUGCAAUGUUAUAAGUCAACAAACCCUGAAGUCAUUACAGGUGAAAACCCCACUAGAGAAAUCUGAAGCCAUGCUGAGGUCGUAUAGUGGUCAUGCAAUUAAAUCAAUUGGAACUGUGAAGCUUCAAUGUAAUUUCAAGGACAACAACAAUCAUGUGAUACAAUUUCAAGUAAUUGAGAAAACAGCCCCUACAAUCAUAGGAGCAGAGAGCGCUAUGUCGAUUGGACUGGUGAAACGCUUAUUUGGGCUGAACAGAAGCUCUACAAACAAUGAUAGUCAAGUACGCUACGAAAAGCUAAAAGAAGAGUACAGCGAACUAUUUAGUGGAAAAGGACCUACAGACUGGGUUAAUAGCAUGGUAACGGUUACCAAGCCAAAUGGUAAAAUCAGAAUAUGUCUGGACCCAAGAGAUUUGAAUACAGCUAUCAAGAGACAACACUAUCCUAUGUUGACCAUUGAGGAAAUAGUAGCAUGGAUUCCGGAAGCCAAAUAUUUCUCCAAACUGGAUGCUACGUCUGGGUUUUGGCAAUUACAACUUGACGAGCCCAGUUCAAAGCUAUGUACAUUCAACACACCAUUUGGACGCUAUAGAUUUCUCCGCAUGCCAUUUGGAUUGAACUCUGCACCCGAAGUUUUUCAGUCAGUAAUGUCAAACAUGGUGGAAGACAUUGAUGGCGCAGAAGCUAUAGUAGAUGACAUUUUAGUCUGGGGAAAGUCAGUCGAGGAACAUGACAGAAGGCUACAAGAAGUCCUUCAAAGCUUAUAA